AAGAUGGCGGACCGCGCGGAGAUGUUUUCUCUCUCCACCUUCCACUCGCUGUCGCCGCCCGGCUGCAGGCCUCCUCAGGACAUAAGCCUGGAAGAAUUUGACGAUGAAGACCUGUCUGAGAUCACCGAUGACUGUGGCCUGGGCCUCAGCUAUGACUCGGACCACUGCGAGAAGGACAGCCUGUCUCUGGGGCGCUCGGAGCAGCCGCACCCCAUCUGCUCCUUCCAGGAUGACUUCCAGGAGUUUGAGAUGAUCGAUGACAAUGAAGAGGAGGAGGAGGAGGAGGAGGAGGAGGAGGAAGAGGAUGAGGAAGAAGAGGAGAAAGGAGAGGACAAGGAGGGGGGAAGACCUGGCCCAGAAGCCGGAACUCUGGAGCUGCUGAUCCCCUCGCCCUCCCGGGAGGAGCCCCACAAGCACAGGCCCACCACACUGCACCUGACUCCCCUGGGAGCCCAGGACUCCCUGAACAACAAUGGGGGCUUCCUCCCAGUGCCCCCCGCCUCCUGGCAGGAGACAGUGCUGUGCUCACCCCCCCAGGAGCCACUUCAAGAGCCGCCUGCUCCGCACCCGGCCACCGCCGCCCGUCCCCACGGGGCGCAGUUACCUGUGGGCCCAGGGUGUGACUGUGAAGGGAACCGGCCCCCGGGCCCCGCAGCGCCCCAUGAGGCCUCGCCCUCCUCGGACCCGGGCAUUGAGGUUGACCUGGGCAGCGGCACCAGCGGGGAGCGCGGCCGGCGAAGCAGCCAGGAGCUGUCCUCGCCCGGCUCCGACUCGGAGGCGGGCGCCGCGCACUUGGGGCGCAUGAUCUCGUCCAUCUCGGAGACGGAGCUGGAGCUGAGCAGCAGCAGCGGCCGCUCCUCGCACCUCACCAACUCCAUCGAGGAGGCGUCCUCGCCUGCGUCGGAGCCCGAGCCCGAGGCCGAGGCCGAGGCCGAGGCCGAGCCCUUGCCCCCGCGCCGCCCCGCCUUCCUGCCCGUGGGCCCCGAGGACACCAACAGCGAGUACGAGUCCGGCUCCGAGUCCGAGCCGGACCUCAGCGAGGACGCCGACUCGCCCUGGCUGCUCAGCAACCUCGUGAGCCGCAUGAUCUCCGAGGGCUCCUCACCCAUCCUCUGCCCCGGCCAGUGCCUGUCCCCCGCGCCGCGUCCUCCGGGGGAGCCCGGGUCGCCGGCCGGCGGGGCCCCCGAGGCCGCAGGCCCGGGCGGCGUGGAGCUGGUGGACAUGGAGACGCUGUGUGGGCCUCCGCCCCCUGCGCCCCCUGCGCCCCGGGCCGGCACCGCGCAGCCCGGGCCCUGCCUCUUCCUCAGUAACCCCACGCGCGACACCAUCAUGCCGCUGUGGGCGGCCCCGGGCCGAGCCGCCCGGCAGGGCCGUGCCUGCUCCUCUGCCUGCUCAGAGGAGGACGAGGACGAGGAGGAGGAGGAGGAGGCCGAGGACCAGGCGGGGCCCCCGGGGGGCAGGGGCGCGGGCCCCGAGGUCCCACUGGACGCCUCGCUGGUGUACGACGCGGUCAAGUACACGCUGGUGGUGGACGAGCACACGCAGCUGGAGCUGGUGAGCCUGCGGCGCUGCGGCCUGGGCAGCGGGGAGGACAGCGGGGAGGCCAGCGAGGACGAGGCGGCCACCUUGCUGGACGAGGGGCAGGCCCCGACGGCGCCUCCCGGACAGCCCGGACCUCACUUCUCCAAAAAGUUCCUCAACGUCUUUGUCAACAGCACCUCGCGGUCCUCCAGCACCGAGUCCUUUGGCCUCUUUUCCUGUUUGGUGAACGGGGAGGAGAGAGAGCAAACCCACCGGGCUGUCUUCAGGUUCAUCCCUCGCCACCCUGAUGAGCUGGAGCUGGACGUGGAUGACCCGGUGCUGGUGGAAGCUGAGGAGGACGACUUCUGGUUCCGCGGCUUCAACAUGCGCACAGGGGAGCGCGGGGUCUUCCCUGCCUUCUAUGCCCACGCGGUGCCCGGCCCUGCCAAGGACUUGCUGGGGAGCAAGCGGAGCCCCUGCUGGGUGGAACGCUUCGAUGUGCAGUUCCUGGGCUCCGUGGAGGUGCCCUGUCACCAGGGCAACGGCAUCCUGUGUGCAGCCAUGCAGAAGAUCGCCACUGCCCGGAAACUGACUGUCCACCUGCGUCCCCCUGCCUCCUGUGACCUCGAGAUUUCUCUUCGGGGGGUCAAGCUGAGUCUGAGCGGUGGACCUGAGUUCCAGCACUGCAGCCACUUCUUCCAGAUGAAGAACAUCUCCUUCUGCGGCUGCCACCCUCGCAACAGCUGCUACUUCGGCUUCAUCACGAAACACCCUCUGCUCAGCCGCUUUGCCUGCCACGUCUUUGUCUCCCAGGAGUCGAUGCGGCCUGUGGCCCAGAGUGUGGGCCGCGCCUUCCUGGAGUACUACCAGGAGCACCUGGAGUACGCCUGCCCCACAGAGGACAUCUACCUGGAGUAGCCGCCCACACUCUGCACCAGGUGCCGCGAGGCGGGGUGCCUCAGAGGCCGCCGGCUUUGGCAAGGACUGGAUUGGGGUCUCGGGGGCUCUCCUUGCUCACUCCACAGGGGCUGUCCCCCGCUUUCCCUCUGAUCUUCUUUCUCUCUGUGUGCCUCCUUCCUCUGUCUGUCUCUGCCCCCGUGCCUGCAAACUCGGCCCUCUGCUCUUUACUCUGGGGUCAGAGCUGGGAGGGGUGUGGAGGAAGGCGAGGCGCUAGGUGACUGUGGCAUCAGGCUCCCAGGUAGUCCCUCCUGCCCCUGCCCAGUAAUUUAAAAGGAAUUUUAAUUUUUAUAGUGAAUCUCCAGGGGUCACCCCUUCCCUGACUACAGGGACAAAGAGAGGGACCCCCACACCGCCCCGUGCGGAGCUCAGGGGGAAGCAGGGAGGGGGUCCCCAGAAGGGCCUUGGGGUUGCUAGUAGUUCUUGAGGCUCAUCCCAAGCCCCCGACUUUGCUCAGAGAAGGGUGCCCUGCCCCGUGCCCCGCCACACCAGCGUCCGCUUUG